AUGGAUGUUGAUGCAAGCAGUCCUGUUACAAACUCCAAUUCUGUUGGUGAUAAUGCUAAUUGCGAUAUGGUGGACUCUGUUGUUGCCACCGGUGUUCCUGUUUCCAAGGCUGAAAAUUCACUGAGCAAAACACAACUUUUGGCUUCUGCUGCUGACUUUAGAAGAUCCCAUCAUCCAAACAGGACGCAGAGUAUUCUGUAUUGGGUCAGACUACAUGGAAAACAUGUUGAAGAGGAAAAGGAACUGAUCAAACUCUGUAAUCAGGGUGGUGUACAGAACAAGAAAGGGAAUUUGGUGGACUAA